AUGGACGUGUGGGGCCCCGCCCGCAUCCGUGGACAGGGGCACGAGCGUUACUUCCUGUUGGUGGUUGACGACUACUCGCGUUACACCACACUCUUCCCCUUGCGCAGCAAGGGCGACGUCACAAAGGUGUUGAUGGACUGGAUCCGCGCAGCUUGUCUCCAGCUCAGGGAGAGUUUCGGCUCGGACUUUCCUGUUCUGCGUCGGCACUCUGACAGAGGCGGGGAGUUUUCCUCUGCCCAUCUGGGAACCUUCUUUCAGUACGCAGCGCAUCAGCUCAACCUCCAGCUCCGGGUCUCCUUGCCAGAGACCUCCCCUACCCUGUGGUGGAUAGGGAAGGUUGGCGAUGCGUCUGCGUUCCGGGUCCGGGGAUCUCGGGCAUUUGUUCGCGACUUGUCUGCGGACAAGCUGUCCCCCCGUGCUGUUCCCUGCGUCUUCCUUGGCUUCCCCCCUGAUGCGCCUGGUUGGCAGUUUUACCACCCCACCUCGCGCCGUGUUCUGUCCUCCCAGGACGUCACGUUUGACGAGUCGGUGCCAUACUACCGUUUCUUCCCCUACUGCACUGCGCCCCUCCCCCUGCCGCCGCUCUUCCUUGCGCCAGGUCCUCCCCUUGUAGACCCCCUCCCCCCUCAGGGUCCUGCCCCGUCAGGUGUGUCCCAGGUAGACGCACUCGAGCCUGUCGAGGUAGCUGUUGACUCGGGUGCUGCUAGAGGUGCUGUGCUUGCGGGUGCCGGGUCUGGAGGUGCUGAGCGUGAGGGUGCGGAGCCUGGGGGUGCUGAGUUUAGGGGUGCGGAGCCUGGGGGUGCUGAGCCUGGGGGUGCUGAGUCUGGGGGUGCUGAGCCUGGGGGUGCUGAGUCUGGGGGUCCUGAGCCUGGGGGUGCUGGGUCUGCUCGUGUGGCCUCGCGCGGUGCUUCUUCGAGGCAAGAGCCACUCUCUCCGCAGGAGCUGCGCGAGUGGUUUGCCCGACGUUGGAGCCGUGCUGCUGGAGCUGGAGGUACUACUGUUGCUGCUGGUGCUGCUGGAGGUACUUCUGGAGUUGCUGGCGGUACUGGAGCUAUUGGUCCUGCUGGAGUUGGUGCUGCUGGAGCUGCUAGAGCUGGAGCUGCUGGGGGUGUUGGCGCUGGUGGUGCUGCUGGCGUUGGUACGUCUGAGGGUGCUGGAGCUGGCGCUGUUGGAGCUGGAGGUGCUGCUAGCGCUGGUGCUACCGCUAGAGGUACUGGUGCUGUCCCUACUGGUUCUGGAGACGCUGCGCGGCCGAGGCCGUACUUUGUUCCGCUUCUUGAGCAGGUUCUUGGUCUUCCGCCUUCUACUGGUCCUGCCCCUUCCUUAGCGUGUCCACCGCCUGUCCAGUCGCAGUCACAUUUACAGCCCGCCUCCCCCCUGCCUGCUCCUUCUCCCUACACUGGUCCUACUGGAGGUCUUGCUGAGCGUCGUGAGCCUGCAUCUCGUCCUGCGUCGACUGUUCGUGCUGCUCGCACUGGUGGUCGUAUUGCGCGGCCGCAUCCUCCUGCGGUCCCAGGCACACACCAGAUGGCACUGCGUCCUUCCACUGCUCCUCUGCGUGUCCCGUUGCCGUCUCCUCUAGAGUCCUCUCUUCCUACUCUUGCUGAUCUGGAGUUUGACUCUCUUCGUGCUGCCAGUCCUUCUGUCACGCGUCUCCUGGCUACUGUUGUCAGUGACCCUUCCUUUGAGUCCGUAGCAAGGCGCAGCUGA